AUGAGCAACCUCACCCCGAACUCGUCCCCUCGCGUCCGCCGCAAAGGCUCCACGCGCCGCCCCCGCGCAGGCUCCCAUCUCCCGCCCAUCACCCAGGAGAGCCACGAUGCCGCCCUUGCUGCUAUCAGGACCUACCUCAAGGGCAGAACCUGCUACGACACUUUUCCCGUCAGCUUUAGGUUGAUUGUCCUCGAUUCCAAAUUGGAGGUCAAGAAGGCCCUCCAAUGUCUCCUCAUUAAUGGCGUGGUCUCCGCGCCAUUAUGGAACAGCGAGCGAUCCUGCUUCGCCGGCAUGUUCACCGUGUCCGACAUCAUCCAUCUCAUUCAAUACUACUACCAGUGCUGGUCGUACGACGCCGCCGCCUCCGACGUAGAGACCUUUCGGCUAGAGUCACUGCGAGACAUCGAGAAGCAGCUCGGUGUUGACCAGCCUCCUCUUCUCCGCGAACACCCUUCUGCGACGCUGUACGAGGCCGCCAAAUUGCUCAUCCAGACCCAUGCUCGUCGGGUCCCCCUACUCGACUGCGACACCGAGACCGGCCAUGAGGUGAUCAUAUCCAUCCUCACACAGUACCGUCUCCUCAAGUUCAUCUCCAUAAACUGCGGGAAGGAGAUCCAACAGCUGCACUUACCACUCCGCAGAUUAGGCAUUGGCACCUUCGUCCCCUUUCCGCAUCCUGAAAACACGCCUGAAGGUCACAACCCAUACGAUCCAAUAGCUACGGCCACCAUGUCUACCACCGUCUUCGACGUCGUACACAUGUUCUCAGCACGCGGCAUCUCCGCAGUGCCGAUCAUCGACGAGGAUGGCAUCGUAGUGAACAUGUAUGAGACCGUGGACGUGAUUACGUUGGUACGACUAGGAGCAUACCAGUCCCUGGACCUCACCAUCUCCGAAGCACUAAACCAGCGGACACCCGACUUCCCGGGAGUUGUGAUUUGCACUGCGUCAGACUCUUUGGCCACGCUGAUGCAGCUUAUCAAGAAACGUCGGGUGCAUCGGCUGGUCGUCGUCGAGGGUGACGACGAAGAGCGGCGGGGCGGGAGGAAGGGCCGCCUUCUGGGGAUCAUCACCUUGAGCGACGUCCUUCGCUAUCUCGUCGGCGACGUGCACAUUGGCGAAGAGCACCACCACAUCCCUGUCCCGGUGGAGAUACCCCUUCCGCCAACUCCUGCCCCAGAAGCACCACCACCAGAAGUUCCCCCACCGGAACAGCUUUCAUAG